CUCAGCACUGUGAUUCACUUGACUCGUCUCGCGGAUGGUGCUCGCCUCCUCGUUCCUCGCGACUCCUUCGCGCUGACCUUCCCCGCCCACGUCCGCCUCCCGCUGCGCCUCCUCGUCGCCACCCCCCUCUCCUCUCCUCCCCUCUCGCUCCUCUCCUCUCGCUCCUCUCCUCUCGCUCCUCUCCUCUCGCUCCUCGCCCUCCGCUCCCUGCUCCUCCGACCCGCUCUGCGAAUAUCGAUCUGCGCUGACAUCGCGCGCCUCAUCGCAGUCGAGCCUGCCUCCGGUAUAUGGGCCUCCCUAUGGGCUCCACCGUCCCUGCUAAUACCGGAGCACGCGAUGGUCGUCGGCCGAAUGUGCUCAUAACGGGUACUCCCGGCACGGGGAAGACGUCGACGAGUCAGCUGGUAGCAGAGGCGACGGGCCUGCGACACGUAAACGUGGGCGACGUCGUGCGACAGAAAGAGCUGCACGAGGGGUGGGACGACGUGUACGACUGCUUCGUGCUCGACGAGGACAAGCUGCUGGACGAGCUGGAGGAGAGCAUGGGCGCCGGCGGCAUGGUGGUGGACCACCACUCGUGCGACUUCUUCCCCGAGCGCUGGUUUGACCUCGUGGUCGUGCUGCAGACCGACAACUCCGUGCUGUACGACCGGCUGCACGCCAGGGGGUACUCGGGCAAGAAGCUGCAGAGCAACAUGGAGUGCGAGAUCAUGCAAGUGCUGCUGGAGGAGGCGCGCGACAGCUACAAGGAAUCCAUAGUGCACGCCAUGCAGAGUGACUCAUUAGAAGACAUGGAGAGAAAUGUUGCAAAAAUAAAGCAAUUAGUGGAGCAGUUGCAGGUGGAUAGAGAAUAAUAGUUGUACGGUGUUUCACUGCGUUGCUCAUCCUCAGUGUCGUGAGAAGGGAAUGAGUUGAGAAGGCAAGGCAAAACAGAGACCUAUAUCAAAGUGUUAAACCCAAAAUAAGCUCAACCCUAGCAUGCUAUUGUUCAUAUAUCCCUACCACAAGUACCGUAUCCCCUUGUAUAUAAUUAUCA